GUGGAAACAAAAGUGUGGACGACUCUGAGACGACCUGAUCUUCAUCUUAACAAUCUGUUUAACAUGGAGCAGAGGAGAGAUGUAACAGCGCUUUACUGCUGCUGGAUCCUCAUCAGCUCCGUGCUGGCUGAAGACUGGACUCGUCUUCACACUGAAGAUGAGCUCUUCAGGAGAUUGUUUGGGGGCUACAGCAAGUGGACGCGUCCGGCAAGAAACAUCAGCGAUGUGGUUAUCGUCAAGUUUGGCCUCUCCAUCGCUCAGCUGAUAGAUGUGGACGAGAAAAAUCAGAUGAUGACGACCAACGUGUGGCUCAAACAGGAAUGGACCGACUAUAAGCUCCAGUGGAGUCCCUCCGACUUCGACAACGUGACAUCCAUCAGAGUUCCUUCUCAGCUCAUCUGGGUGCCAGACAUUGUGCUGUACAACAAUGCAGACGGAGAGUUCACCGUCACCCACAUGACCAAAGCCCAUGUGUUUCACACCGGUCGCGUCCGCUGGGUGCCGCCGGCCAUCUACAAGUCCUCCUGCUCCAUCGAUGUCACCUUCUUCCCUUUCGACCAGCAGAGCUGCAAGAUGAAGUUCGGCUCGUGGACAUAUGAUCGAGCCAAGAUUGACCUGGAGCCCUUUGAGAACACGGUGGACCUGAAGGAUUACUGGGAGAGCGGAGAGUGGGCGAUUGUCAAUGCCGUGGGAACUUACAACACCAAGAAGUACGACUGCUGCCACGAGAUCUACCCCGACAUCACCUACUAUUUCGUCAUCCGCCGCCUCCCGUUGUUCUACACCAUCAACCUCAUCAUCCCCUGCCUCCUCAUCUCCUGCCUCACCGUCCUGGUCUUCUACCUCCCAUCGGACUGCGGUGAGAAAAUCACGCUGUGCAUCUCUGUGCUGCUGUCACUCACCGUUUUCCUGCUGCUCAUCACCGAGAUCAUCCCGUCAACGUCGCUGGUCAUACCUCUGAUCGGGGAGUACCUGCUCUUCACGAUGAUUUUUGUCACACUGUCCAUUGUCAUCACCGUGUUUGUGCUGAACGUGCACCACCGGUCGUCGGCGACUCACACCAUGCCGCGAUGGGUUCGGAGGCUUUUCCUCUCCGUGGUGCCACGCUGGCUGUGCAUGAAGCGUCCACACCAUGCUCUCAGGCCUGUAAGGCGGCACCACCUGACCAAUAAACUCCUCCCUGUCCGGACUCCAGGCCCCUCCCACAGCGCCUCCACCUGGAUGACUCAGGAGUCUGACAUCGAUCUCCAUGGUUACCAGGAAGAAAUCGGUCGCCACAGCAGCCAAGAGCUCGACUCCGUGGAUACUGGAGAUGAAACACACUACUGCGAUCUUCACGGUUGCCCAAACACAGAUCAUUCAGGGAGGUUUGGGGUGAAGAUUAAUGGUCGGCUGAGGAUUUCCUCCCUCUCUCCUCCUUCCCCUCGAUGUCUGGGUUACACCCUCCUUCCACAGAGACCCUCCACCUUUAGCUUGGACUGGGACGCUCCUUCAGAGGAGCAUGGUUCAACCCAGAGCCCAUCCACCUCUGUUCUUUCUCCUGCAGUGAUAUCAGCGCUGGAAGGGGUGACCUACAUCGCAGAGCAUCUUAGAGCGGAGGAUGCAGAUUUCUCGGUGAAGGAGGACUGGAAGUAUGUAGCCAUGGUGGUAGACCGGAUCUUCCUGUGGAUGUUUGUUAUUGUGUGUCUGCUCGGGACAGUCGGACUCUUCCUGCCUCCGUGGCUCUCCGGGAUGUUUUAGAAACAAACUGGAUCUUAAAAUAAUGAAUAA